GGGAUUCCAUCACCUCCACAACACUGACUAGAACCAUCAAGAAACACACAAUGUCAUCAACAAAUAACAAAGACACAACCUCACCGACAGAGGAAGAACCCUCAUCUUCAUUCCCCCUCCUGCAAGAUGGAAUCGACCUGUCCUACACAGCCAAAGCGGAGGUGCUGAACCGCGCCAUCCAAGACAUCGGAAUGGGACGCUAUCAAUGGCAGCUUUUCGCCGUGAUCGGAUUCGGCUGGGCGAGCGAUAAUCUCUGGCCGAUAGUGACAUCGCUGAUAUUAACGCCCGUCACGUACGAGUUUCACGUCUCGCGACCGCCGCUGCUCACGCUGGCGCAGAAUAUCGGGCUCCUCGUCGGCGCGCUGUUCUGGGGCUUUGGAUGCGACAUUUUCGGGCGCAAGCUGGCCUUUAACCUCACGAUAGGGAUUACGGCCGUGUUUGGGCUGGUCGCGGCAGGGUCGUCGAAUUUUGCAGCAGUCUGCGUUUUCUCCGCGCUGUGGUCAGUCGGCGUGGGAGGCAAUCUGCCGGUGGAUUCGGCGAUCUUUCUCGAAUUCCUGCCCGGCUCGCAUCAGUAUCUGCUCACGAUCCUGUCAGUCAACUGGGCGUUUGCGCAGUUGCUGGCGAAUCUGGUCGCGUGGCCGAUUCUGGGGCAUUUGACGUGUAGCGCGCCGGAAGGAUGCACCAAGGAGGGGAAUAUGGGAUGGAGGUAUUUCCUGUUCGCGAUGGGGGGGUUGGCGAUGCUCAUGUUUAUUGUGCGGAUACUGUUCUUUACGAUCUUUGAAUCGCCCAAGUAUCUGAUGGGCAAGGGGAGAAACCACGACGCCGUGCGAGUGAUCCAUGAAGUCGCCCGCAGGAAUGACAAGACGUCGACUCUGUCUGUUGAAGAGCUGGGCGAAGAAGAUAGCGAAAUACAGCCCCUGAGCACAGGAGACAUCAUGCAGAUGCGUCUGGAGAAGCUGAAUGUCAACCACGUCAAGGCUCUGUUCAACAACCCCAAACGCGCCCGGUCAACCAUCCUCAUCAUCCUCGUCUGGGCCCUCGUCGGCCUGGGAUAUCCCCUCUACAACGCAUUCCUGCCCUACAUCCAGCAAUCAAGAGGCGCUGAAUUCGGCGACGGCUCAACCUACAUCACCUACCGCAACUCCCUCAUCAUCGCCGUCCUAGGCAUCCCCGGCUGUCUCGUGGGCGGGUAUCUCGUCGAACUGCCCCGAUUCGGACGCAAGGGGGCACUCUCCACCUCGGCCGCCCUGACAGGCGCCUUCCUACUCGCAUCGACAACAGCCAAAACCUCCAAUGCCCUGCUCGGCUGGAACUGCGCGUACAACUUCAUGAGCACGAUUCUCUACGCGGUGCUAUACGCAUACACGCCGGAGAUCUUCCUCACCAAAGACCGCGGCACGGGCAAUGCACUCACUGCCUCGGCGAAUCGGAUCUUUGGCAUCAUGGCGCCGAUUAUCGGGAUGUUUGCGAAUCUGGAGACUGCGGUGCCGGUGUAUGUGAGCGGGGCGUUGUUUGUUGCGGCGGGCAUUUUGGUCAUUUUGAUUCCGUAUGAGUCGAGGGGGAGGGCGAGUCUAUAGCAUAUAAGCAUACUCAGUAGGUUCAUGAUUCAGGAGUAUGGAGUAAUCCAAAAAAAAAAAAAAGACCAGUUAUAGCAGGUUAAAUAGAAUAAGAUACCUCAUUGCUGGUCUAGACAGUGUGUCUGCAUAUAUCGAUAUAAUAAGAAUAUCUAUUGGAAAUAUUCAAACAGCCAAUAAAAUAAUACAAUCUAAGCCAAAUAAUGCAAGGAACA